UUUAGAAUUUUUCCACUCGCCGCGAAGAAGUCUCGUCCUUGUUGGUCUCGUCAACAUCGCCACCAAAUCGCCACUCUUCUUUAUGAGUCAUUUCAUCAAAUUCCUUCUCAUUAAAUUUGCAGCAAAGCAAACACGUUGUUCCAUCCAUAACCAGAGGAGACGAGAACCAUCAGCGCAACGACUGAUCAUGAACUGAUCGACUCAUAAACUCACGUAAACUCAUUCAGCUCACUUGGACUUCUCGGUUCUAGGUACAUAGAAAGCGGAAAGGCAAAGACAAUUAAUCAAAGGACGGAAUGGAAAAAAGGCAGACCGGAAGAGGAUAAACCAGAAAAGUUGAUCGGUGCCCGGUGGACCUUUGGCGGCGGAUAAAAACACCCCCAGUUGGAGUGUGACUCGUCAUCCACAGUUUAAUUUUCUCAUUGGAUUCCAUUUUAGGUGUAUUCAGAUUUAAAAGAAAUAUGGAGGAAUAUUUUACCAAGGACACUUUUGAGAACAUCAUUGCUUACCUUCGAAUCAACAAUGCUGAAGUUUUUUCCUUCGGCACUGCUUCUGAUGUCACAAAAAUUGCCAUUUUGACAGCUAUUGGGUUAUUCUUUUUCUACUUGCUCAAGAAAUUUGAAAGCCUAUUGAAUCGAGAAUAUGCUGAAUCAUUUGUCUACAAAGUGAAAAACGAGUCUCAAUUGCUCAACGAAGUCCACAUUUGCUCCACUCUCCCUCAUGAGAGACAAAACUUGAACCGUUGCGUCAGUUUGAUCAUGGAAGCUCCCAAUGUCAUCAACGUGCCUCGGGAGCCAUAUGGCUUCACCCCCUUCUUGAAUGCAUGCUGGUCCGGCUGUACACCAUUGGUGCGGUUCAUGUUGGCUAACGGUGCCAAUAUCAACCGCAAAACCAAGAAUGGAGAUUCUCCACUUUACCUUGCUGUCCGAUCUCUGCUCGAUGCCGGAGAUCAGAGUUGUGAUUUGAACCUGCUCGGCAUCCUGCUUGCUGCAGGAUGUGAUGUAGAUGAAGCUAAUUACAACGGAAUGACUGCUCUGCACCUGGCAUCCAGUGCUGGAAACAGUGCUAUUGUGAAGUGGCUGCUGGAUCACGACGCAGACACCAAAUUGAAAACUUCCAAUGGUGAAACUGCCCUCAAGCUGGCUCGGGGUAGAGGACAUCAAGACGUGGUGGGUAUGUUUCCAUCUCCCUUGGCUGCUAUAUAAGAAUACGUAAAUAAGUAAUUUAGGCAAUUUAGUUAUUGAGUGAAGCUUCAAUUUAACUAAGUGCAGUUCAAAAGUAUAUCGGUGCAGUAAAAAUUUAAAAGACGGAUGUAAAGUGUAUAUGGAUGACAAAUUUAUUUGCUCUUUGAUGGUUUAGAAAAUUGUGUGCAGUGUGAAGAACAUUCAAAUAUGUAUAAAAUAGCAGCAGGCACACACACUCAAAAUACGUGAUUAUAACAAGGAACAAAGUGUACAUACGACAAUUUUUUAGUGACGAAGUCUUUAAUUACGAAGCAUGUGUAAAUAGAUGCAUAACAUUUGUAUCAAAGAUCACAUUGGACACGCUUAAAGUUAAGACGAGCAGGACUUUGUAAGAAUUGACCAAUUCAUUAGCCACACAUUUGAAAGGGAGCGAGUGUUGAUUGAAGUGAUUGUCAAAACAGUGCACAAUAUAAUAGUUUUAGAAGUUAAGAAAGCUCAUGACACUCAGAGAAAAGGCUGGUGAUACAUUUGAGUAAGCAUUAAUAAAGUCAAGUUCCCAUAUUUCCAAUAAUUUUCCACUUCUACAUUAGAUUUUCAAUCAGCCUUGUGUACUGUAACAAACCAGUGCACCCUCUUUCUGACUAAAAGUAUGUAUGUAGUUGAUUUCAAAUAAAAUUUUUAAGCAUUA